AAAUUAAUGAAUAAUAAUUAAUUCUAAUCCAGGUAAUGGGAACAACAAUAUGCCAAACACAAAAAGUCGGUCGAGUAAAUUGAGCAUAGAAAUUACAAAUUCCCUAAUCAAGUUUAGGAAAUUCUAUAACGAUGUAAAAAUAUAACAUCCUAAUCAAUUCACAGAGAAAGAUGCAAAUAAAAAAGUUCAAAAUAGUCAGAAUUUCAAAUAAAAAGAAGUGCUCUCAAGAAUUACUGCUUCCAAUCUAAUAUUAUCAAAGAAACUUUAGGAAAUUGAAAAGAGAAAGCAAAUCAAAUUUAUGUAAAAUUCAUUAUUCAAUUUCAGUGAUGCACCUAUACGUUUAUCAACAAAAUCUCUUAGAGAAGAAAAUUACUAUAAUAUUAAAGUUGAAAAUCACAAGUAAUUUGAAAGAAUAACUCAAGUUAAAGGUACACUGCAAACUUAAUGA